AUGCCACCCCCGACCUACAAAGAAUAUGGAGUCAACGAAGUCAUGAAUAUCAAGUCCGUGCCGGGAAAGCCCGUACUCGGCGAUGGCUCAACGGAUGAUACCAGAAACAUCAACACCAUUCUGGCCGAAUACAAUGAUUGCAAACUCAUCUACUUUCCGGCCGGCACAUACAUCGUGACUAAUACAAUAUUCGUCCCUAGCGGCAAACGAAUUAUUGGGGAUGCGUUUGCUAGCGUUAUCAGUGCCGUUGGCAGCAACUUUGCAAAUGCAGCUGAGCCUCGCGCCAUGAUCCGUUUUGGAUACCCUGGUGAUGUUGGUGUGUUGCAAGUUUCCGACAUGAUGUUCAGUGUUGCAGAUAUUCUGCCGGGAUGCCUGAUGGCUGAAGUGAACAUUGCCGGAAAACAGCCUGGGGACGUUGGAUUUUGGAACACACAUUUCCGUGUCGGGGGUGCGGUGGGUAGUAAAGUUCAAACCCACUGCAAUGGCUCCCCAGCCAACUGCAAGGCGGCCUGGGGAAUCAUUCGUCUAUCCACCACCUCAUCCGCCUAUAUUGAGAACAUGUGGGGAUGGACAGCAGACCACGACUUGGACGGUGGCAACAUUCAGAACAUUGCUACAGGCCGAGGGAUGCUGGUGGAGGCCACCCGUGCUACCUGGCUACUUGGUACAGGCUUCGAGCAUCACACCCUUUAUCAGUAUAAUUUUGAAAGGGCGCGCAAUGUCUUUUCUGCCUUGCAGCAAAGCGAAUCGCCGUACUGGCAAGGCCCCGGGAAUCUAAUGACACCCUCCCCAUGGGCUGAGCACAGCAUUGCAAGCGACCCGGACUUUGCGCAGUGUGCAGCUAAUGAUGCUCUCUGCCGCAUGGCACUCUUUGAACGAAUCCAAGGCUCAUCUGAUCUGUUUCUGUAUGGGGGCUGCAACUGGGUAUUCUUUAACAACAAUCACGGUGGUUGCAAUGGAGAUUGCCAGAAGAACAGUAUCCAGAUUCUUGACUCGACCGAUAUAUACUUGUACGGGACUAAUACGAAGAGCACGAUCAAUAUGAUUCUCCAGGGAAACCGGGUGAUUGCGACAGAGAAGGACAAUGCCGGUGGAUGGGGUGGGGUGAUUGCAGCGUAUCUGUAUAAUUCUCGAUCUGUUUGA